AUUGCUCCCAUGGGUACAAACCUGACUGAAAAACAGAACGUUCCCAGAUCCAGGCAGCAUCAUCACAAGAGUUUUACCAGGUGAUAUUUAUUAAUAAAUGGAAACAGAAGUGGAAUUCGUAGACAUAUGAAAAGGUGCUCUGAUCUAACUCAUGAUGUUUCAAGAACCUACGUUCUCUGUGAGAGUGUAAUCGAGCGUCCAGUACCAGAGAAGGUUGUCUGCUGUCUGCGCAUCAUCGUCAUACCCUGUGAUGUAUGUGCAAUUCUGAUUAAGAGCCUUUGGCGCAUGCUUGGUCACCUUGAAGUCAUCGAAACCAACAAGACUCUUUUAUUUCUCCACACUGACAACCUCCUGAAUCUCAAAGCAGCCUUCCUUCCUAUAAACGUUGAGAAAGUCUCUUUUAUCCUGAUCCUGGAGAGCUGCUGGAGGCCUUGCUCUGAAAGUCAUGGCUGCCGCAGUCCAACAGACUGAGCUGGUAUUUGAAUUUGCUAGCAACGGAAUGGAUGAUGCACACCAGCUUGAAGACCCUUUGUCAUUCCCUGCUGUGAUCGUAGAACAAGUGCCAAACACGGAUUUGUUCUAUUCGAGCCUGGAUUGUGAUGAGGUUUCCACCAGAAUGAUGGAUGAUACGACUUUGGAUGUUGUCGAAGAACAAAUAAUAGAGGACAACAUUGGUCUUUCAGUGGAAGCUUCCUGUCAGGAUGAAGAUGAAACAAUGGAGACUAUAGAGGCUGCUGAAGCACUGCUUAACAUGGAAUCUCCAAAUGCGAUCUUGGAUGAAAAAAGAAUGUUUCAUGGAUUUGCGCAUUCCCUGGAUGGAGAAAUUACUGGGACUGUUCCUGACAUGUCUGUCACAUCAGAUAAGAGAGCAGAGGUAAUCAACAGGUCUUCAGCUCUUGUGGCACAUGAUGAAGAUGAUUCUGCGGAGGACUCACCCAAAAAGAAUGCACUUAAACAAAGGAAAAAGAAAGGUCGUAAGAUGAAACCGACUCGACCGUCUUCACCUGUCACAGCGCCACACCUUCCAAUUAAGAAGAAAAAUAAGGAUGGAAAAGGCAACACAAUUUAUCUCUGGGAGUUCCUGCUGGCUCUCCUUCAAGACAAGAACACUUGUCCAAAGUACAUUAAGUGGACUCAGAGGGAGAAGGGAAUUUUUAAACUAGUGGACUCGAAGGCUGUAUCCAAAUUGUGGGGCAAACACAAAAACAAACCUGAUAUGAACUAUGAAACAAUGGGCAGAGCUCUUAGGUAUUACUACCAACGAGGGAUCUUGGCAAAAGUGGAAGGUCAGCGGCUGGUGUAUCAGUUCAAAGAGAUGCCAAAGGAUCUGGUGGUCAUAGAUGAUGACUCAGCUGAGCACUCUACCUCGAAUUUGGUGACCUUGCCCAGUUACGCAGCUACAUCGCCGAUAAAAAGCAGAAGUGCCACUGUUGGUGUCUCUCAGCUACAAAAUACAAACAAAAUGACAGCAGUGCCACAGAGCGUCCUGGUGCAGCACAUCAAACAGGAAAACACUUCCUUACUGACUCAGCAAAGCCAGAAGGCAGCAGUACAGCACGGUCCAUUUUUACAAACCAUCCAAGGGCUCCAGAGCAAUCAAGUUCUUCAGCACGGAUCCCCGGAAGUUUCAAAGGGUGCUUUAACCAUAGCAUCAUCUGGACACCCAAUGAGCAGGACAAUAAGUGUCCCAGCUCAGGUUCCUAUGGUGAUGACGCCUGGUGCACAUGCAGUCGGUACUCUAAUGUUGCAAACCAUACCCCUCACCACAGUGCUGUCUGGAACAGACACAUUGAACAACUCUCCUUCCAAAGUUAUUUUACGUGCCAUUCCGUGUUCGGAAGGCUCAAAGGAAACAAUCACUAUUCAGGCCACCUUGUCUCCUACAGGUGUAGAUGGUUCUGGCUUAUCCGAGAUCCAGCAAGCCCAAGUAAUUGCGACCAGUCUUUCGUUAACUGAUGGUGGAUUUCAGCCAGUGGUAAACAAUUGUGUACAGCCUUCGUCUGAUACCGUCACGCAGCUAGUGACCAUCAAUAGCAACAGUCAGCCAAUGGUUGCCCACCGUCCAGGCAGCGUAAUUGCCACAGUUCUUAAACCACCGGAACCCAUUCUGGACACUCCCGAAUUCCAGGCUUCAAACACAAGUGCAGAUGCCACCAGCCCUAGUGUCAAAAUGGCAGAAUUGGAGAAGGAGCUUGGACCUACUUCAGAUGACGAGCCUAACUACCAGCAUCUCCAAACUGUGAUGCUGAGCAGUACGAAUGGUAUUGCGACAUCUGUCAUAAAGGUUGAAGGAAUGGACAAAGACUUUGAAAGUGCUAUGGAAGAUUCUGAGAACCUCAACUGUUCAUUGUCUCACAGUCCAAACUGUGCUCUCACCCCCGUAGUGAAACUAGAAGCCAAUGAAGAUUGUUCGGUGCUGAAUCUACCACAAGACCAUAGACAUGAUCAGGAUAAAACUCUUGUGGAUACCAACCUUCAUGACACCAUGCCAUUUCUGAAACUGGAAAAUGCCCAAAUGUUUUCACAUGCAGCAAGUAUGCUUAACUAUCCCAGUAACAUGGCUCCCAGUUCAAGUGCCAUAUCCACUUCUGUAGUCGUUAAAACAGAGCCAAAAAAUUUGUAAUUACUGUAGAAUACAAUAUCUUUGUAUCUUUCACAUAUGUUGGAUCCUUGUUUGUCCUAUUAUAAUCAUUUUGGCAGAUUGUAAAUAAGCAGUUAGUGAUUUAUAAUCUAGGUCAGAAUAUUUAAUACUGUAUCUAGGCUACCAGUCAAUUACAAUUUGCAAUAAUGUCAUUUUAAAUCCAUGUAUCAACAUCUGUAAAAUAAUCAAGGGACAUCCAUGCUGCAAUAAUUUUGUCAAAUUUUGAUGAAAAAUCAAAAUUUCACACUCUGCUUCUUCUGAAGCCCACUUUUCCUGCUGCCUUUUGUUGUACUAGAAAUAAUUAAGAUUGGUCUUGAGCUAAAUCUAUUUUUACCCAAGUGCCACAAAGGUGAAUCCUGGGGUAAAAGUUGUAAAUGUUAAGUUGAACUGCUGAAAUGCAAAGGCAGGUUUUCUUCAAACCUGACUAGCAUUGGAACUGGUAACUAGUGGACCAUUGCACUGGCAGGUCAUUGGUUGGGUUGUUGCAUCCUGCUUGGACUUCAGAGGUAUCCCAAAUUCAAGUUAAUUGGACUGAGAGUUGAGAUUGCACUUGGUGUGUUAAGGCGAAUGCAGUUCAGUUUCAUUCUGUUUGCUUUGAUACAGAUUUCAAUCAUUGGAGAUGUGCCCAGAAUUGAAUGAGCCAUAAAUCCCAAAUAUUUUCCUAUAGUCUUCUAUUUGGUGUGAUGAGUCAGUGGUACUUUAUUCCUAUUUGUGAGCUUUUUUGCCCCAAAUUCCCCUGACCCUGGAUAAGUAGCAUUCAAAUCCAACUUCAAAAGCAUAAUCUGGGCUAGUCCUCAAUACGACUAAACCUUUUAGACAAUAUAUCCUAUUUAUAUUUUGUACCUUUGCUGAAAACCUAUUUAAGGAACUUUUAGAUUUCUUGCCAGCAAUUUGAUGUAAACCAGAUUUAGAAAAUAAUAUUGAAUGUAAUUUUAGGUCACCAUAAACAUGGUGCUAACAAACCACAAGAUGAAAAUUUUAUAUCUGAAUUGUUAAUGCCUUGUAGGUUCAUUGCAGAAUGAUAUAUUUUUCAUAUAUGUAAUAUGAAGAAAAUUCUUCAGGAAAAAUGUGAACUGGGAUAUUUUAUAAAUGGUGGGAUUAUUUUCCAAGCAAAAAUAUUGUAAAUAUUUAUCUUUGAUAUUACAAAAAAGUCUACAGUUGCUGAGGUGUAUUAUUUCCUCUUGUGCUCUGCUUUUUUUUUGACAAAAUUCUUAUUGUGUUGUAAGUGGGGAUUUGCUUUAGUUUAUUUUCAUUCAGGCCAAUGUGGAUAUUGCAGACUCUUCAAGAAAAAUGUCAUGUGGUAGUGAGAUUUCUUUAAAAGAAAUAAAAACCUUUUUAUUUUACAAAUUA